AUGGACUAUUUUCGAGAUUGGCAAUCUUCCACCGACGAGGAUUUUGAAAAAUACAUCGAAGAUGGAAUUGUUAGUCAACCAAAUCAAAAUACAACAUUAACCACAGAUGAUUGGGAUUUACAAGCGGCCUUUCUAUUUGAUGAGAUACAAUUUGAGAAUUUAUCGGCUGAUCAUAUUGAAAAUGAAAAUACACAGCCUGCACUACUCAAUGUGGUACUAUCAUGUGCUGAAUCUGAGAUUCUACAACAUGUUGAACCUGUCGAAGAUAUUUCCAACACUUUUGGUGCAUCUCGACCAAUUACUGCUACCAUUGAAAUACGAACAGAUAAAACAGCAGUCAAACGCAUUAUACUUUCAACAAAAGAAGAGCGAGCCUCUGUACGACGUACUGAACUUAAAAUGAUGCAAGAAGUUGGUUCUGGUGUCUGUCCAUAUAUUAUUGACUACUAUGGUGCAAUGAUUGAUACAGUGAGUGAAAAUUCAUCUCGUUUUUUGUAUUAUAAUGUUAUUUUUUCCAGGAUCACAGUGAACUUUGUAUUUGCAUGGAGUUAAUGGAUAUAACAAUCAAGAAAUUCUAUGAAACUAUGCAUCUACUAGGAGAUAUACUUUCUAGUACUCUUGACUGUUUUCUGUGCCGUCUGAGCCGUAAUGUAAAGACUACUUUCAUUAAUUUAUGAUCAUU